UCUGAUUCUUACCGGUCGCAGCAUCCCUGUGUUGAACUUUGCAAGUCUUCUUUAAUGCACUUCAAUUAGUGUCAAGAAUGACCAUAUCGUACUCGGGGAACUUCUGCCGAUUGCUCCUUCGUUGGAAAGGAUCAUUAUGGCGAUCAGUUUGGAAAGAACUGCUAAUCUACCUAGUGUUAUUCUAUGCUAUUAGAUUAUUCUACCUCGUUGGUAUAGACUAUCUCGUGGAUGAUGAUGACGUUCAGGAUUGGUAUAGGGAAAAAUUCGAAGCCUUAUGUCGGAUGUUCGAUUAUUACACAAGGCUGAUUCCACUUACGUUUCUUCUUGGCUUCUAUGUCUCCAACGUUGUUUCCAGAUGGUGGCGACAGUUUGAAUGCUUAUCGUGGCCAGAAGAUCUACUAAGCAUGCUAUGCACGGUCAUUCAUGCAAACGAUGAGACAAGUCAGCGACGACGUCAUACUAUCGCCAGAUACAUCAACCUUUCAACUGCUUUAGCUUGGCGCGACAUCUCAAAAAAGAUCCGACUUCGUUUCCCAAAUGUGUCGAGUUUUAUCGAUGCAGGACUGCUUACACAAAAGGAGUUCGAAAUUCUGGAGAAGAUACACGACGACUGUGAAACCAUUCGAUGGAUGACUCCGCUGCACUGGAUCCAGCAGAUCAUGCGAAAAGAAGAAGAGGAGAAGAAGCCGACCACUUCACUUUUCAACAAUUUCAUGACCGAACUGAAGUUGUUUCGGCAAUCGCUGCGAAGGCUAUUCUGUUACGACUGGGUCUGCGUUCCGCUUGUAUACACUCAGGUAGCUGCGCUAGCAACCUACGGAUUCUUUUUCUUCGCAUUAUUCGGACGCCAAAAUCUCCUACCCGAGAUAAAAGCUGGAAAGGAAAUCGAUCUCAUGAUACCUGUGUUCACCAUUGUGCAAUUCAUGUUUUUCGUUGGAUGGUUCAAAGUUGGACAAGAUCUGAUGCAUCCAUUUGGCUUAGAUGAUGAUGACUUCGAAAUGAAUUAUAUACUGGAUAGAAACAUAGCAACAUCAUUUGCAAUCGUCAACCGCUUGCAAACGAUGGAUCUGCCGGAGCCCGAAGACGAUAUGUUUUGGAAACAAAAACAUGAAAGAAUCAACCCAUUGCCGCAUACCGUAUAUAGCCGACAACUUCAUGAACAUCAGCCGCAACUACACUCGUAUGUCAGGGUCGGAGCGGAAGAGGACUCGAACCCACUAGCCACAUGUAUAGGGAUCGACAAAGAGAAAACGUUUGUCAGCUGGUGAAGCUAUGGUUUUAUACUAUUUCAGGCACCUCAACUGGUAAUUAUCCAUCUAAUACAUCUGACCACCCAAAAGCAAAAUUCGGUCCGGUCGCUGCAAGGAACACCGAAUACUCUAUGAUUAUCACAAAUACGUGUAUACUUUUCGGUUGCUCUAAUAAGGAGUUUGUCAGGGAACUGACUUCCCAACCGUAUC